AUGAAAAAUGAAAUCUUAUACAGAACAACAUUUAUAUUAUUUUUACUAAGCUACUGCUUCCAACCAUUAUUAAUAGACAUAAUAAAAUACAAUGGAUGUGGAAAUUCAAGUACUUUUAUUUUUUUAAUACCACAUUAUUUGUCGAUGAUUAUUGUAGGAUUUUUACCGAAAAAACAAAAAUUAACUGAGUGCAAUUGGAUGAAAAUAUUUUUUGUUUCUAUAUUAGAUUUAAUAAAUCAAGUGCUUAAAAAAGUUGGCUUAUUAUAUGCUGGGUCAGCUAUAUAUAUUAUUAUAGAUAGUUGUACAUUAAUAUUUACAGCUAUGUGGAGAAAAAUUUUAUUAAAUAAGAAGAUAAGUAAUUUUCAAUUAUUAGGUAUUCUGUUAAUAACAUUUGGUAUUGCUAUUAAAUCAAAUAAUUUAAAAUUCGAAAUAGACAGAGAAGAAGUUAUUGGAGUUAUUUUAAUAAUAAUCAGUAACUUCUUAAUGGGAUUAACAUUCGUUUUAAAUGAAAAGUAUAUGAACCAAAUGGAAGGACAGAAUAUUGUUUGUUUAAUGGGCAUUUUCUGUCUUAGUUUUGUUUCAAUUUGGACAGCUAUAUGGACACUACCAAAUUUUAAUCAUUUAAUUUUAGAAAAUAUAAAGAAAAAACAAGGAGAUAUUAAAACCAUUUGGUUAAGUUUUCUAGGCCUUUUUGCAUUUAACAUUAUAACAUCAUCAACCUUAUGGUAUAUUAUGAAAAUUAGUGGAUCGUUAACUGUUGGAAUAUUAAAAGGACUUAAAGUUGCUAUCAUUUUUUUAUUUAGUCAUAUUUUUUUUUGUAAAUAUGAUUCAAAACAGUGUUUAAAUCUUCAUUCCACUUUAUCUGUUUUUUGUUGUAUCGUUGGAGUUCUUAUUUAUUCCUUCAAUGGAUAUUUACUAACUCUUACAGACAAGCUUUACACGGUCAGGAAGUCCAAAAUUCUUGUAUGA